CAACGUUUUUAGAGAGUGUUUGUAAAACUCGCCGUCGGAGUGAAAAUGUUCAAGAAUACAUUUCAAAGUGGAUUUCUUUCAAUACUUUACAGUGUUGGCAGUAAACCUCUUCAGAUAUGGGAUAAAAGCGUAGUUUAAAAUUUCUAACUCACGAAGGAUACUAGGUAAUGAAUGGACAUAUAAAAAGAAUAACAGACAAUGAUAUACAGUCACUUGUGUUAGAGCUGAUGGGAACUAACGUCAGCACCACAUUCAUCACUUGUCCGGCGGAACCUAAGCGAAGUUUAGGCAUUAAGUUACCAUUCCUUGUGAUGAUUAUUAAGAAUCUAAAGAAGUAUUUCACCUUUGAAGUCUUGAUUUUAGAUGAUAAGAAAAUUAGACGGAGAUUUCGAGCUAGCAAUUAUCAGAGUACCACUCGUGUAAAACCUUUUAUUUGUACCAUGCCAAUGCGCUUAGAUGAAGGAUGGAACCAAAUUCAGUUUAACCUUUGUGACUUCACAAGACGCGCCUAUGGAACUAAUUACGUCGAAACGCUGAGAGUACAAAUUCAUGCCAACUGUCGCAUACGCAGAGUCUACUUUUGUGAUCGGUUGUAUUCAGAAAGCGAGCUACCCCCAGAGUUCAAAUUGUAUCUUCCAGUUCAACAAAAAGUAGCUGCUUCUUAAUCCUGAGAGAAGGCAUUGACAAAUACAUGCAAAUUUUUAAAAACAACAUAAUAGGAUGUUCAUUUAAUGCCUGUGAGAAAUUUAUUUGUAAAAUGAACCAAGUAAAUAAUAACUCAGAUAAAAA